CCAAGCAUCACAUCAUACGACAGCCUUAACUUUAGCUACAAGCACGUCUGGAGUUGCUUCAGACUAUCAUUAUUCAUCUCAGUACCAACAAUACAUUUGGAUGGAUUUAGCAACAAGCAUUUGAAACUGUUACCGUCUUUUUUCAAAUUGCUGCCAUCGGCAGAACUCAAUUCAAAGCAGUACCAAGAACCUGCAAACGGGAUAUGCUAGAAUAAGAGACCUUCAAGCAAACUCACCUGAAACAACACUGCUCACAGACAACUGCAAAGCUUAAAAAUGCCACUUUUUGGCUGGAUGAAAUGGUCAAAAACUGAUUCCUACAAAUCCACAAGAUGUCCUGGAUCAGAAGUAGUGACAAAAACCCUCCUGAGGGAGUUGAAAUGGCACCUGAAAGAGCGUGAAAGAUUAGUGCAAGAGAUCGAAAAUGAACAAAAAGUCCAGAAACCUGGCAUGGAUUACAACUGGCUCAAGAACUACCAAAACCCUCAAGCAACAAUUCCAGCUACUGAGCAACGGCAGCUUGAAGUCCUGUGCUCUCAAAUCCAGCCCUGCCAAACAGGAACUGUCCUCAGCAGAUUUCGGGAAGUUCUGGCAGAAAAUGAUGUUUUACCGUGGGAAAUAGUCUACAUAUUCAAGCAAGUUUUAAAAGAUUUUCUUACCACCAUUGAGAGAGAAAACCAAGCAGAGCAGCUGGUAGAUGCAUGGAAUACAAAUUGCCCUGAACAUUUCAGUCUGCGCGGUGACAGCUCCAACAAGUCGGACAAAGAUGAAAUCCCCACGGUCUCGAGUUAUGUCGACAAAAACACACAAAGCAUGUUUCCCACCUUCUCCCACAGAAUCUGGAAUCUACCCUACUACUACCCAUCAAGUUAAGUUGGUUUGUGUUACUUUCAAGAAGAUAUGUAGCCAUCCACAUUCCUUUGUUGUAAUUGCCAUCCAGACACACAGGAGUAAGAAAUGUGACAUGCUCCCCUUUUUAUUCCAAGUUUAGAAAUUAAAAUCCUUUGUAUGGUAUGCAGUAACUUAGGUAUCUACUCACCUUCUACCUUUAUAGUUUCUUAAGAGUUGUUGUGUUUGAAGCCACCUUUUAAAAAAAAUGUAGAAGUUUCUGCAAAAAAAUCUGAGGCAGUUUAAUUAUCAGCCAUAUAGAGCUAGAAGUAUUUAAACAACAAGAAAAGAUAUUCUGAAACAGCAUCAAUCCACAGAGUGCUAGACAAAAACUUCUGUGUUUGUCACAUAGCUUUUAGGCUCUAUGGGAACUUUAUACUGUGUAAAAGAAAUGGCUUAAUAUAACAUCAGUUAAAUAAACUGGUAAAUACUU